ACACACAUAGUCAUUAUAAAUGAAUGACGUUUGACGGUAAUUUCAGACCAACAAUUUUUCGUGCAUCAUCAACAAAUUUACGAUUCAAAGUUAUUACAAGUUAAAACAUUCCAUAUGCAAAGCUCGUGUUUUGACUGAACGAGUAGAAGAAGUUGUUAGAGAUGUCCAAAGUAACAAAGCGCAAACAUGUGAUGAAAGAAAUACAAGCAGAUGAUUUCGAUCCGCCGGGACCGAAUCAGCAAAUUGUGAGAAUCUUGGGCAGUCGUGGAAAUAAUUUGCAUGAAGUCGAAUCGGCCGAACCAAUUGCGGGAAAUGGCAAUGAAAGUACCGAUGCAACCGCCACCACCGCCACCAAUGAUGGUAUGCCUGACACAAGCCGUGAACAAUUUUUGGUGUCAAUGCCGACAAAAUAUCGGAAAAAUGUUUGGGUGAAACGUGGUGAUUUUGUGAUUGUCGAACCAAUCGAUGAAGGUGACAAAGUGAAAGCGGAAAUUGUACGCAUUUUAACACCACAACACAUAAAAGAGUUCACCAAAGACGGUAUUUGGCCCGAGAAAUUCACAACGAAAAAUAACAAUGAAACGAAAAACUAUUAUGCAGACGAUGAUAGUUCAGACAAUGAUGAUGAAUUGUUUAAAAAUACAAAUCGCGCUCAUCAAUAUAUCGAUUCAGAAGAGGAAGACGAAUCAGAUGACGAUGAAGAAUCAGAAGAUGGUGAUGAGUCAGAUGGUAAUGAAUCUGAUGGAGAGGAGAGCAGCAGCGACAAAGGAAAUUAAUAAAUGCAUUCAUCAAUGGAACCAUUUUCAUGACGUAAUUCGUCAACUUAAAUCGGCUUCAACGACUUACAUCAACGUCAGGCAUUCGCUCGAAUUAUAUUAGAUAUGUUAUUGCGAUGUGAAAAGAAAUAAAACAUACAAGUAUUUUAUAAAUUAAUAAAAA